GUUGCCAAACGGUCCCCUUCCACUUUCCCAAAACCCAAGUACACAAAAACCUAAGUAGCAUUUCGCUCCUAGGUUUCAGUUGAGCGGCCUUUUCCCUCUCAUUCUCACUCCUUCACUGCCUGCCUGAGCUGAGACUAGUUCUGAUUCUCUCGUUGGACGGUAACGCGAAGCGUAAACAAUUGGAAUCGGAGAGCUAGGAAGGUUCUGUUGCAAUGGACUCCGCAGAAUUGAAGUCACAACGCCGACAGUUUGCAAUUAAACUGUGGCCUCCUAGUCAGAACACCAGGCAGAUGCUUGUGGAACGUAUCACAGGGAAUCUCACUUCUAAUUCUAUUUUUACUCAGAAGUAUGGUAGUCUUAAUGUCAACGAGGCCAAGGAUCAUGCAAUACGAAUUGAGGAUGUGGCUUUUGACACAGCAAAUAAACACUAUGAAAUGGAGCCUGAUGGUGACGGAAGUUCUGCAGUGCAGCUUUAUGCCAAGGAAUGCAGCAAGCUCAUUUUGGAAGUUCUCAAAAGAGGCCCUAGAACUGAGGAAGACAGAGAGCCUGCAUCUGAGAAAGUCAAUGCAUUCCAAGAAACCUUUUUUGAUAUAUCAAAGGGUCCUAGAGCAUUUAUUGAGGCAGACGAAGCUGAGGAGCUUCUGAAGCCAUUAAAGGAGCCGGAAAAUUCUUACACGAAAAUAUGCUUUAGCAAUAGAAGCUUUGGAUUAGGAGCUGCUCGUGUUGCCGAGCCCAUUUUGCUCUCCAUCAAGGACCAGCUGAAGGAAGUUGACCUAUCUGAUUUUAUUGCUGGACGACCUGAGACCGAAGCUCUAGAAGUUAUGAAUAUAUUCUCAGCGGCUCUUGAAGGUAGCAUAUUGAAAUCUCUGAACCUAUCAAACAAUGCUUUGGGUGAGAAGGGUGUUAGGGCAUUUGGGGCACUCUUUAGAUCGCAGCAUGCCCUAGAGGAGCUAUAUCUGAUGAAUGAUGGCAUCUCUGAGGAAGCUGCAAGAGCAGUUUGCGAUUUGAUUCCAUCGACAGAGAAGCUUAGGAUCCUCCAGUUUCAUAAUAAUAUGACAGGAGAUGAAGGGGCGCUUGCUAUCUCUGAGGUUGUUAAACGCUCUCCUUUGGUAGUGGAUUUUCGGUGCUCCUCUACAAGGAUUGGUUCAGAAGGAGGAGUUGCAUUAUCUGAAUCACUUGAGACUUGUACCCAACUGAAGAAGCUUGACAUUCGUGAUAACAUGUUUGGUGUAGAGGCUGGAGUUGCUCUGGGCAAAGCUUUCUCAAAGCUCACAGAUCUAAAAGAGGUGUAUUUGAGCUACUUGAACUUAGAAGAUGAGGGUGCGAUUGCUAUAAUAAAUGCUCUAAAGGAGUCUGCUCCUCUGCUUGAAGUUCUGGAGAUGGCUGGAAAUGACAUUACAGCUGAAGCUGCUCCUACUAUAGCUUCUGCUUUAGCAGUAAUGCAGCAUCUUACGAAGUUGAAUUUGGCUGAAAAUGAACUCAAAGAUGAAGGUGCUAUCCAGAUUGGUAAGGCCUUGGAUGAAGGUCAUCUCCAGUUGGUGGAAGUUGAUAUGAGUGCCACCUCUAUUAGGAGGGCCGGGGCACGGCUCUUGGCUCAGGUUGUGGUUCAGAAGCCUAGCUUUAAGUUACUGAACAUUGAUGGGAAUUUUAUUUCUGAUGAAGGCAUUGACGAGGUAAAAGAGAUGUUCAAGAAAUGCCCUAAUGCACUCGGAUCGUUGGAUGAGAAUGAUCCUGAAGGGGGAGAUGGUGAUGACGGAUCUGGAGAUGAUGUAGACAAUGACGAUGAACUGGAAUCAAAACUGAAGAAUCUUGAAGUUGGGCAGGAGUAGAUUUCUUCAAUGGCAUUUUUUUUUCUUCUUUUUCUGCCGGAGUGGCAUUCGGAAUCCUUGGAGGCAACCACAGAACUUCAGUUAGACUAGUUCAUUAAACCUUUUACUCUGUAUUGUUAGGGCAGAGAACAACAGCGUUUCCUCCUUUAUAUCAUCAUUUCCAGCCUAGAAACCCCAGAUUUAACAUAUGUUGUAAUGCAAAAACUUGUAGCAGAGACGGCUCUGUGCAUUUGACAUUUCGUGCCAUUUUUGCAGUCUAACAACAGUUUCAGUUGCAGGUUAAAAUUUUGACAUAAAGAAUUUUGCUCUA